GUCUGUAGAUUGCUGCUAACUAUAACGUUUAAAGGUUUAAUGCUAGCGGAGCCUCAUAUGUGAACUCCAAUACUGAAAUCAUUUUAGACUCAUUCUCUUUACAACACGCCGUUCAUUCCUGGUCGGUAAAGGCCGCUGCUCUAUGUUUGUGUUGAUAGCAAUCAGACGCGCUGAUGCACGGUUAUAUUGACCAGACAGGGACGGUCGCGGAGGAAGAGCAGGAUUGAUGCGAGUCACUCUCACGCGGAUCUUGCUGCGCCUCGCUCUCCAGUGAACUGCAUCAGAUGAAUGGUUUCGGAUUCUCGGCUUUGCUGGAAAGUUUCAGUUUCAGCUGAUCGUUUCCUCGCCGGUCCCUCACUGAUAUAUAAAGCGCUCAUAUUGCAAGUGCGGACAUUUGAUGUUAACCUGUUGACACGGAUAGCAUCCUGAAAUCACGAUGGAACUGACUGGAAGCAAAUUGUGCUUGUUAUGUCUGGGCUUCAUGCUGGCAUCACUGGAAACAAAGGCACAUGAUCAUGAUGCCCUGGAUAAAUGCUUUACUGAUCCCGACUAUCUGCAGUUACUGAAAAUCGCUCAGAACGGUCUGGAGAAGACGUCUUCUCCAAAGCGCAUCAUCAUCGUGGGAGCAGGAAUCUCUGGAUUGACUGCAGCAAAACUACUGGAGGAGGCUGGACAUGAGGUCAUAUUGAUUGAAGCGAGCCAGCGUAUUGGUGGACGUGUGCACACCCACAGGAAUGAGAGUGGGGGCUGGUAUGCUGAACUGGGAGCAAUGAGGAUACCCAGUUUUCACAGGCUUGUCCUGACCUUCGCUGAAAGAAUGGGCUUAACACUGAACCCCUUCAUUGAGGACAACAUGAACACCUGGUACCAGGUGAACGGGGUCCACAAGAGAGCCUACACCGUGGAGGAGAAUCCAGAUGUACUGAGGUACCCUGUGAGAGCCUGGGAACGAGGGAAAUCAGCAGGGAGCCUCUUCAACGAGUCUCUCUCAAAGGUUAUAGAUGAUCUGAAGAAGAGUGGAUACAAUUGCAGCGCGGUGAUGGAGAAAUACGACUCCUACUCUGUGAAGGAAUAUUUAGUUAAAGAGGGUAACCUGAGUGAAGGGGCUGUGCGUAUGAUUGGAGAUAUUCUCGAUGAGAACGGUUUCUUUUUCACCGCCUUCACUGAGAGUCUGAGAAUCGAAUAUGACAUCAAUGAUAAUACCAGGUACUAUGAAAUCAGUAAUGGUUUUGAUAACCUUCCGAGAGCAUUUUAUGAUGCUCUCAGUGCCGUUGUUCUCCUGGACUCCAGAGCUGUCAGGAUACAGCAGAGCAGAAAGGAUGUCACCGUGUUUUAUCAGAGCAACAAGGAUUCCUCAGUCAUGAACGUCAGCGCUGAUUAUCUGCUCCUCACUGCCACCGCGAAAGCAUCUCUGUUUAUAGACUUCUCACCCCCCUUGUCAGCCAGGAAGAUGGAAGCUCUUCGCUCGGUUCACUACUCCAGCUCGACCAAGAUCUUCCUGAGCUUUCGACAGAAGUUCUGGGAGAAAGAAGGGAUCUUUGGAGGGAAGUCGAUCACUGAUCUUCCAUCCAGGUUCAUCUAUUACCCCAGUCACAGCUUCCAGGGCACAGACGGGGGUGUGGUUCUUGCCUCAUACACUGCCUCAGACGACUCUGCCCUGUUCCUGGGACUCAGUGAUCAGGAGUGUAUGGAGGUGGCUCUUGAAGAUCUCAUCAAGAUUCACGGAGGAGAGAUUCGCUCUCUCUGGGACGGAGCAGGAGUGGUGAAGAAGUGGAGCUUAGAUCCAUAUAGUCUAGGUGCUUUUGCCAUAUUCACCCCCUAUCAGCUGAAUGACUAUUCCUCCGAUCUGUUCAAGAACGAAGGGAGAAUCCACUUUGCUGGAGAGCACACUGCACUUCCACAUGCCUGGAUUGAGACAGCCAUGAAGUCGGCGAUCAGGGCGGCCAGCAACAUCAAUAACGUGAGGCUGGAACAGUAACACUGUGAACAUUGACAGCAUUCAAUUAGACAGCACUGCCUCUGUAUGAGGGGUCCUGCCAGCUUCUCUCUCUCUCAUGCAUGCCUGGGACGCUUGCACAGAGCACAGGAACUCCACUGAGCUCAUCACAACACAAUCAGCUGGGACGCUUGCACAGAGCACAGGAACUCCACUGAGCUCAUCACAACACAAUCAGCUGGGACGCUUGCACAGAGCACAGGAACUCCACUGAGCUCAUCACAACACAAUCAGCUGGGACGCUUGCAGUCUACAAAAUUUUUCAUUUUGUAUCUCAUGUAUGAUGCAUUUCUCUGUAGUUAAAGUAUUAUGGAUUCUCUUCUUGUUGUGAUGGUGUUCCACUAUGAAAGGCGCUC